ACCCCUCUAUCUCCGGCAUCAAAAUCAAUCAAAUCUCACUUGCUCUAUCUGCAAAUCUUCGCGAUCUCAGUUUUCUAAUCUAUUGUUUCCAUACAUUGCUCUCUGUUCACAGAACUCACAUUCACACACUCGUCUUUUUCCUAAUCUUCCAUACAUAGUCUUCAAUGGCCGAUUCCAAAGACGCCCACAUUGUUGUGGAAAUCCCAGUCGACGAAGAACACCAACAGAAACUAACAUUCUCGGCAAUGCAAAACCACCCACUAUCUGAAAUCUCCCAAUCCCCAGGCCAUCUCUUGCUCCUCAAGCUCUGGCAGAGAGAAGAAGAUCUCUUCGGCCGCAGAAUCGCCAUGAAAGAGAUCAGACUCGAUUCCAUCAAAACAGAGACAACCCAACUCUGUUUUUUCUUCUUCAUUUUCCAUGCUUUUUUCUCCACAAUUCUCUUCACCUCUUCAAUCAAUAACAACAACCCAGAACAAGAUCGCAAUCUUGUGUGCCAUAGUUGGUGGAUUCCUUCAAUUCUGUCUCUGUUUACUUCGAUUGUACUGAUUUUUUUGGUGCAGAUGAGACUUUGCAGGUACUGGAAGGUGUGGAGAGAGUUGCAGAGAGAGAAGGAGAGUAACAGAGCGGUCGGGAGGUGUGUUCAGGAACUGAGGAUGAAAGGGGCGAGCUUUGAUUUGGAUAAGGAGCCACAGAGUGGAAAGAGAAUGAAGAGCUCGAGCGUGGAGAUUAAGUGGAAGCCAUUGACAUGGUGUUCUCGGUAUCUAAUUACUGUUUGUUUGGUUUGUUUUACAGGUUUGGUCUUCCCUGCUUCCAAAUUAAUACUUUGCGUUUAACUACUCUGUUUUUGGAAGAGACUGAUUGAUUUAGCAUCAAGUGUCUUGAGGAAUUAACGCAUUGAAUACAUGAUGAGAACAAUGAUUUUGAAGACAGAACAGGAACCCUGCCUGUACCCCAUUAUGUGGAAUUGUUAUCUCAAAUCAAGAUUGGAGGGAUCCUUCUUCAACAUAACUGCUUUCUAUCAUCACAUUCGUCUCUCUUGCCAGGGGAUGAAGCUUCUUGGUCCGAUCUUUGCUUAUAUUCAUUCAUUCAUCUUAGCUUGGUCCGAUCUUUGUUGGGACGCGCUUGAAUCAUCAACUCUUUCAUUGUAUUGUUAUGGUGAUGAUGCUGAGAAGAGGAAGGAGGACAUUUGUGAUUCAAAGCAUAGUUUUGAAAAAUGAUGGCCAAACGGCUAGCAGCAAUUUCAAACCACUCUGCUGCAAUUCAAUGUCAAUUUUGAAAAUAAUUCUUCAUAAUGCAACACUGCUUGUGUUCCAUAUUUCCUCAAUUGUAUUUUAUUUACAAGUAUAGCCAUUGUUAUUUGUAGAAAGUAUACUUGAAUUUUAUUUAUUUUUUACCUUGGGCCCAGCCAUCACAAACAACCAACCAUACAGUAUAUGAGAAAUGGGCUGACCACAUGGUGUUCAUAUUGACAAAACACAUUUUUGUGAUUUGUUCAAAUAAUAAAAUCAUCUAUUUUAAUU